AUGACUACGCCUGCCAUGCCUACCCCAACCGCAACACAUCUCUCCCCGGUUUCGGUGCCAACCGGCGGAAUGAACCUUUUCGAUUAUGAGAUUCAUUCGCCAACCUCUCCGGGCCGGCCCAAUUCGCUUGUUCCCAAUGCCCCGGCACCGCUUGAACCGUGUCCUGAAUCAUUCCUUCUCCGCCCAUUCUGGCUGAUGCGUAGCUUGUAUCAAACAAUCGCUCAUCCUCAUGGAGGUUAUAUCUCCGCGAAGCUCUUUGUCCCUCGCGAUAUCUGGCGGGUGAAGAAUGUCAAGCUGAAGGCUGUCGAGGAUAAGGUUUCCCAGUGUGACCUCCUGACAGCUGCCCUGCUCAAGCUGGCCAAGGUUGACCCUUACGAUGCGGAUGCAGUAUUGGAAGAGAUGGAAGGGCUCGAAAUUGUACUCAACCAAGUCCAAACGGUUUUGACUAAGAAGCUGGGCCAUGAGGUCGGUGUACAAACCGCCAUUCCUCUGUUAAAGCAGAACGCGCCCCCCGAGGAUUCUUCUCAUUCCGAGCCAGCACAGCCUCGGACGUCAGGGACAUCGAACAAAUCAUAUAUCCCGGGCUGGAAACGGCUGCGUGCCAAGACAUCUGGCAUUGGCACCACUGCUUCUACGACAACGACAUCGCGCGAGAGUCACAAGGAGAAUUUGACAAUCAACACUGUUCCGAUGACGAUUGGUCCUUCCACUCAACCCGUGCGCGACGUUACCAAACUCGAAUUCUCGGGUCCCCAUGCUCACUACAUGGGAGCUUUGGCACGGCUCUUUGACGCUGCUCAGGUGGUUGGUAAGCUUGCAACGAUACUGUUCAUCAUCCCUUUCAUCAUCUCUAACAAAUCCACAGACCAGAUCGCCCAGCAGGUUGAAGACCCGGGACUCAGGCACUCUUCUAAGACCCAUGUUGGCCUCGAACUCAGCACACGACACGCUGCUGAGUUCUUCGGUUUCUACAUCUGUCGCUUUGCCCUUGCUGAUAUUAGCCUGAUGCUUGACAAAUACAUCAAGCGUGGUAGCGAGUGGGUGCUCAUCUAA